AUGCGUUAUAUUACAAUAGUGUACGUAUUUUCUAUAAUUAUUAGUGUUGCUCACUUUAAAGUUUUUCGGAAGUGUUGUACAAAAAAUCAAAGUCUUAUAAAAGUAUCAAGAUUAGAUAAGAACUCGCGGGACAAAUAUGAAUGUAUUGACUACGAUCGUCAUUUAAGUGAAUACAAAGAAGCUAGUCUGAAUUCAGAUCUUGUGGUGAACCAAAAUGUAAUCAUAGACAAUGGUAUACCUCAAAAAUGCAACUUGAGUGCUAUCGAGCUGUAUGGACAAUUAAAUGCAUCGACGGACAGAGAUAUUUGUUAUGAUAGAAUUAUAACAGAAAUCAAUAAUGGUAUGAUUAUACAAGCAGCUAAACAAAGCAUUAUAAUGUUGAAAUGUGAUGGAUCAAAUCUCACGUCUCGAAAUAAGUUAAAACUACAAGGUAUCGUCAAAUGUUGUCCAAGGGACCAAGUUUAUGAUAGCGAAUAUCAUUUAUGUAGAAAAAGACAUGAAUUUAAAGAAGAGUGGCUCAUAAGUCAAUUAACGCUAAAUAUCUGUGAUAUUUUCUUUAUUGAAAAUAAGAUGGAUGAUUGUGAUCUGGGAGAGUAUUCUGUAGAAAUAAAGGAAGGCGUUUAUAGACUUGCUUUAAUUAAUAAGGUGCUUGAAAUUACUAAAGAAAAUGGAGAUGAAUAUUACAUAAAGUCGGGGAGUUGGUGUGUAGAUCAGGAUUAUAUGAGCCGGCGGCUAUUAGCAAAAGUCUGUAUCCUUGAUUGCAGUGAAUUUGAUGCUUAUUGUAUGAGAAAGUGUUGUCCCAUAGGAGAGCAUAUUUCAAGAUAUGGUACUAGAAACUUUUCUUGUGCGCAGAAUUCAGAUGAUAGAUUCUUAUUUAACCUAUCAUCAUACAUAGAACCUUUAAGAAGAAAGAAAGGUGAUAUAGGGGAUGUGAUGGGUAUCCGAGCAUCAUUAGAAUGUAGCGAUGAAAGCGCUCAGCUACAGAUAUAUAACUCUUCAUGGAUAGCGGACCAGCACUCCCUCGAUAUGAACGGGUGGCUUCGAUCACGUGAUGUCUUAACUGAUGAAUACUGCUUGGAUUCCUUUAAAACUAGUACCGGAAAAACUGAAGUAAUGGCGAUUACGUGUGUUACAUUUGCGGACUACAAUCUUACGCUUUUAGAAGUGCUGCUGCCACCUUUGGUGAGCCGCCCUCGUCGUCGCCGCUGA